GCUAAUGCUAGAGCAAAAUCCAUACAGGGUUUUUUUUACAAAACGAAACCAAAUCGAUUAAAAGAACAAGGAGAGGACUAUACGUUUACUGCAGGAGGUUUACCUGCAAUCCUGAAAGACCCUAUGGCUACCGAGAUGUCCAUGGACACGAUGCUGGCUCCUGACCCUGCCCCCUCGUCCGGCCCCCACCCUGCCUUGGCCUCCCCUCCUGCCCUUGGCACCAGUGAAGUCCAGGACCAGAUUUCCAGCGAGGAGCCAGCAAUACCAGAAAUCCCAGACACAGCGCUGACCUCGGAAACCGAUGCUGCCCCAGAUCACAUCCCGGCUCCGCCUAUGAACCCAGACAAGGCCCCCGGCCCUGUUCCAGGCUCUGAGCUGCCCCCAGCCCCCCUGCUGCCGGACAGCGCUAAGAACCCAAGCUGUAAGAUCAUGACCUUCAGGCCCACCAUGGAGGAGUUCAAAGACUUUGCCAAAUACAUCGUCUACAUGGAGAGUCAAGGGGCUCACCGGGCUGGACUGGCAAAGGUGAUUCCCCCAGAGGGCUGGAAGCCGCGGAGGUGCUACGACACCAUCGAGGACAUGGUGAUUCCAGCUCCCAUCGUGCAGGUGGUGACCGGACAGUCGGGUCUGUUCACCCAGUACAACAUCCAGAAGAAGUCUAUGACCGUGGGCGAGUACCGCAAGCUGGCCAACAGCAAAAAGUACUGCACACCCCGGCACAAAGAUUUUGAUGACCUGGAGAGGAAGUACUGGAAAAACCUGACAUUUGUGUCGCCAAUUUAUGGUGCCGAUGUCAGUGGCUCCAUCUAUGAUGAGGACAUUCAAGAGUGGAACAUCGGCCGUCUGAACACGCUGCUGGAUAUGGUGGAGCAGGAGUGUGGCAUCGUCAUCGAGGGGGUCAACACUCCCUACAUGUACUUUGGGAUGUGGAAGACCACAUUUGCCUGGCACACUGAGGACAUGGACCUCUACAGCAUCAACUACCUGCACUUUGGACAGUCAAAGUCAUGGGUCAUCAGUCUUUGCUGUACUUUAUGUCUCAGCCUCUUGGAGUAGACAUAUCAGGAUUUGCAGUUCUUAGUUUGAAGCAGUCGUGUUGCCAUCCCGUCCAGCGCUGAGAGAACCUGUGGGUUAUAUUUUCACCCAAUUCCAAGCCUUUCCUUAUAGGACUCCUGCAUUGAUGUGUCAGUCACUUCUUCAGAUCUGUCACUUGGAUUCAGCCGGUGCCCUGGUACCAUAACAGAAAAAAAUCGAAGA